UAACAGAGCAAAGAUCACACAAAAGAAGAAAAUAAAAGUAACUUUCUCUCUCAACACACCAAAAAAAUGGCUGAGCUUGAGAAUCCAGGAGUAAUGCCGACGCUAAUAGCCUUCCUAUCCUCAUUGCUAGAACGAGUUUCCGAGUCCAACGAUUUGACACGACGAGUCGCGACUCAGUCACAGAGCGUUUCCGUGUUCGACGGACUGAGUCGACCAUCCAUUACGGUACACUGCUACCUCGAGAGGAUUUUCAAAUACGCGAAUUGUAGUCCUUCUUGCUUCGUCGUGGCUUACGUUUAUCUCGACCGCUUCACUCACAGACAACCUUCACUUCCCAUCAAUUCCUUUAACGUUCAUCGUCUCCUCAUUACCAGUGUCAUGGUCUCUGCUAAAUUCCUCGACGAUCGGUACUACAACAAUGCGUACUACGCGAAAGUAGGAGGGAUAAGCACGAAAGAGAUGAAUCUUUUGGAGCUAGAUUUCUUAUUCGGGUUAGGUUUUGAUUUAAACGUGACGCCAAACACAUUCCACGCUUACUUCUCUUAUCUUAAAAAGGAAAUGACUCUCCUUCAGCCUCUCUCCCUCGUUCUUGUCCCACCAAGAUCUGUCCUUACCUUCAACGACGAAGAAGCUUCUCAUCAGCAACAACAACAACUCGCUGUUUGAUUCCAAAAUUUUUUUUUUUUUUAAGUAUAGAGAUUAGUCGGCAGGGACACUCUUAUUUGUCUUAAUCAAUCAAGCCAGUAAGUUCAUUACCAUUUCUUUCUAUAUAUACAAUAUAUAUGUUUAGAUGUGGACAUAUGUGAUGAUGCAUCUUUACAGACUGUCUUGGCUAAAGAAUUAUAAAUGUUAACCUCAA